AUGAACGCUUCCCAAGAACCCAAUUUCGGCAGUGAUUCCCAGUUUAUGGAUGAGCUUGUAUUAUCGUCGUCUGCCUUCCAGUCAUCCCCCCCCAGAGUCUAUAAUACAUCGGAUAUCAAUCAAGAAUCCGUAUUACAACGUAUUGGAAAGUAUCAGCAGUUCUACCAAUGGUCAGUAGCCCAGAAGCACGAGUUCGAGUUAUGGUGGUCCGGGACUUCCUGGUACGCUGCUAAUAAUGCACUACCUCGCCCAGCUUCACUUAAGUGGGAAGGAUCGCGGACUUCAACAAGCUGGUCAAACUAUGCCCAGGGCGCACAUAUUCGAGAUGGGAAGCCUGCGGUAGUAUGUCUCUCUUGUCAAGAGGUUUUAUCACAUCCGAAUUCGAAGAGUAUAUCAACAGGGACGAAGGCAUUGAUUGCACACACCCGGUCAGACAAGUGCAAGAAGGCUCUUACUCGCAAUAAUGGUACAAUAUAUCGUCAGUCGACUAUAUAUGAAUCACAUAGACAAGUGGCUGUUUCCACACCUCGUUACGAUGAUAUGACCUCGACUGGAUUCGUUGUUCGAUUUAUCCUCUCACUCCACCUCUCUUUUCGUACAGUCGAAAAUGAAAAGUUUCGCGAACUAGUUCAGCAUCUAUGUCCAGGGGAAGCUAUGGUAUCUGCGUCUACGAUUCAGCGGCGGAUUAUGGAUAAAGUACACCAACUAGGUCCAGCUGCAUUGAAGAAUCGAGUACCAAAUGCAUCGGUUGCAAUUACACUAGAUUGCUGGACUAGUCCAACUAAUAUUGCCUUUAUGGCAGUUAACGUUCACUAUAUCGAUUCGUCUUGGAAUUUUAUCACGGAGCUUAUAGGGUUCGAACCAUUGACUUCUACACAUUCCGGGCUUGAUCUUGCAGAAGUUCUAUUCAAUGUACUAGAGCAGUUUGGGAUACGGGAGUUAGUACGAACUAUUACUGCAGAUAAUGCAAGUAAUAACAAAACACUUGUUGCUGAGAUGAACGAGCUUCUUACCAAAGCUAGAACUUCGAAGCUUACAGUAGCUGGCCGCUCUAUGUUCCCGCAGCAGAUUGUUAGUGUUCCUUGUCUUUCUCAUAUCUUUCAAUUAGUCCUGCAGGCGAUCCUUGGGGGUAUCCGGGUAAACCCGACCAACGACGAGCUCAAACAGAAUUGGCAUACUAUAGAUGAGGAGGAGUUUCAGUCCGAACAAGGGUCCCAGGGGCUGCCGUUUACUCUGGCAAAGGUUCGAAAACUAAGCAUAUAUAUCAAUUCAAGUCCACAACGCCGGAUUACAUUCGAUAAUAUACAGCGAUCGCUUGCAAGGAAUAAUAAACCACCUCUUCGGCUUAUUCAAGAUGUUAAGACUCGGUGGAAUUCGACAUGUUUAAUGUUAAUCCGCGCAACGAAAUUACGCUUGUCGAUUGACGAGUAUACACGCCGGGGUACACCAUCUAUGUUUCGUCUUACUGAACAUGAGUGGAAGCAGGUCGAGUAUCUUAUUGAUCUUACAAAACCAUUUGUACUUUUAACAGACCAGAUCGGACAGUCGAAAGGGAUUUCAAUUGGCGCAGUAUAUACGUUCUAUGAUAUAGCGUUUACACAUAUCGAACAAAUGACUGCACAGCUCGAAGUCAAGGUUGGGCGAAGGCAUGGACCACAGAUAAAGUGGAUACAGGAGUUACUAGUAGGGCUAGGCGCUGCACAGGAAAAGCUCCGAAAGUAUUACACUGAAACAUACAAAGACCUUGGAUCGCUUUACGCCUUUGCAAUGAUAUUAACACCUGGAUUUAAAACAUCAUCGUUUCAAACAGAUAGUGGGCUUUCUUCUACUGAGUUUGGUACUGACUGGGAAUACGAAUAUACCUCGCAGCUAACCUCUAUAUAUACUAAGAAAUAUCAGAAAAAGGGGGACUCUGUACAUAAACGUCAGAAGCCGGCCCGUGCUCGUCACGACUUACACUUGAUUCUUAGCUCGACUUGGGGCAGGAAUUGGCUAGGUACAAAUACUGAUAAUGACGAGUCAGAAUUGGAGAGGUACCUUCGGGAAUCUCCAAAACUGCCAAGUGAUAGUAGGACCGAUCUAGAGUGGUGGAAGGACCAAGAGGCCGAGCUACCCGCAUUAGCUGCUUUUGCACGAGAUAUUUUGGCCACUCCAGCUGCAGCUGUUAGUGUUGAGCGCGUAUUUAAUGUUGCAAAGGAUGUCUGCGAUCCACGUCGAGCAAGGCUAGCUCCACUCACGAUCCGAGCAAUUAUGCUUGGACGCUCAUAUGAUGAACUGCCAGCUAAUGAUGAUAUUGGAACGACUAUGGUAGACGAGCUUACUCUCGAGGAGCAAGAUCAAGAAAUAAGUCGCCGUGAGGAGGAGUUCAAGGAAAGGUUAACGACAAGUUAUAUUAGCGACGAAGAUGAGGCCGAAGUCGAAGCUUACGCUGCUAAUUAUGCAAUAAGUCGUCGUAUUAGCCCGAAAAAGAUUGCUGGCGCUUCGCAAUCUUUACAUCAAGAAACCCCUCGUAGGAUACGGCGGGAACGAUAUAUUGCUGCCUUGGAAGCAGAGUCGAGUACUAGCCGCCGUCAAAGCCGGCAGGUAUAUGACCUUGAGAGCUCGCCUCCUCCAAGUUCUCCUACUCCAUCUUCUAAUCAGCUAGUAGGAGAAAAGGAAAGUGCGAGUAUCCCUACUAUAGGUUCAGAUAUCGACUUUGCAAUACCACUUCCGCGUCAGAGACAGUCGACUACACCUACUCCAAUAGAGUCAUACUCUGCUAAACGUAAAGCAGACUCUCUUUCCAAUACUACGACUCGACAAACCUCUCGAAAAAGGAUUCCCAAACUUAUAUUUAGUCCUCAAAAAUAG